GAGGAGGAGGAGGAGUAAGAGGAGGUGGUUGUGGUGGUGCCGGGGUUGCUGUUUGGAAGCCAAUGACUGCAGCAUAAUUAAAGAUGGCGGACUCGGAGGAAUUUAGACUCAAGCGAUUAAUGCAUGAGCAACAACAAUCCAGAGUCUUUGACCAGGUGAUGGGGUUGGGAGACUUUGCUGACUCCUCCCAAGGCUCCAAUACCUCCUCUAAGAGCGGCAGUCUGGAGGGGACAAAGGCUGCCGAUGAAAUUUCAGGAUUAGAGGUGCCUCAUCAUCCAGACGAGGACAGCAGCAACAGCAGCAGCAGGCAACAGGAAAAGAUUGGUGAGGGGGUGGAAGAGUCGUCAUCUCCUCGCAUUGCUUCCCCUGUCACUGACCAGCGCUCCUCAUUUACCAUGGGACCCAGUGAAGGAGGAGGAAGUGGCGAGGCAGCAUUUGAUGAUGCCUUGGAUGGCCUUCCUUCAUUUGGACCUGAGGAAGAAGAGGAGGAGGAUGAGGACUGGCACUUUGCUCUGCCAGCAGAGACACUGCAGGAUGAUGACUGUGACAAAUCAAAAUGCAAAAGUAAUCAAUUGAGAGAGAAACGUAACAAAAUUCAAGAAGAUCGCGCUCCUCUGGAGCCCAGAGAUGAAGUCGAGGAGGAGCAAGAGAGGGAAGUGACGAGUUGCUCUGCCAACACUUCCCACUCAUCCAAGGACAACACACCUGAGAGCAGCCGAGAUGCAGGAACUCUGACUCGGAUGGAGCAAACAGAAGACAGUCGGCAAGGAGAGCGGUCCAGGGCUCCUCCCGUAGAGGACAGCAACCCUCCGAUGUCUCCCAAUAUCACCAUUAAAGAUGAGCCAAUUGAUGAGGGAUACAAUGCAGCUUUGCAGCCUCAGACCACCGUCAGACAAAUCAAAGAAGAACUAGACCAUCAGGAGGAAGAGCUUAGAAUUAGCUCAGUUUACUCUGUUGGCGGAGGGAACACACUUGUGCCCCCCGUGGGAAAUUCUACCAAGAUGGCGGCCGCUUCUCACAUUGCCCACCAAGUGGCAGCACCUGCUCCUCCACAAACAGCCAUUUUUAUUCCGGGUAGAGGUGCUGUUCUCCAAGCAGUGACUCCGCUUUCUGUCCGACCUCCAGCUGCAAUUCAGACUUCGCUUGCGUCCUUGUCGCCACUACCCCUUCGACCCCCUGUGCCAACCAUUCCUGGUAGUGUUCGCUGCAGUGGCUGUUUUAAGGUUCUGCUAAAAGGUCAAACAGCAUUCCAAAGAAAAGGUUCCACUCAGCUCUUCUGUUCCACUGUUUGUCUAACAGGACAUCUGCCCCCAACAACCAAGAACCAAUUAUGUUCCCUAUGCAAUAGUGAGAUUCUUCGAGCUCGGGACACAAUCACAAUCCCAGCUGAUGACAACACCUACUUGCACUUUUGCGGCCAGCACUGUUUGUCAAUCUUUAGACACAGGACAAAAAAAAUCGAAAAGGCCCCUGAAAAAGUAGUUGAAAAGCGGCCAGAGAAGAAGAUUGAUAAGCCACCAGAGAAGCCCGCUGAGCGACUGGCAGAAAAUGUUUGUAGUGUAUGCAGAAUAACCAACCGGAUCGAGCAUGAGGUCAGCCACCAAGGUCGUCUGCACAAACUCUGCAGUGAUGCUUGUUUUGUAACAUGGCGCAAGAUGCGACAGUUAGCCAUGAACUGCUGUGAAGGCUGUGGACUGUAUUGUAGUAGUAGUUCGGACUCCUACCAUGCACUCACGAUUGAAAAAUCUGAGCUCAACUUUUGUGGUCCUACAUGCAUUGGCACUUACAAACAGUCCUGCCGAAAGACGGUUGAGUGUGCCAGAUGUCAAAAGUCCGCAAUAGUAUCAGCCACCAUCAUGGAGCGAGACGAGAAGGGAAAAGUUCAACUCUACUGUUCACCUGUUUGUGUGCAAAUGAGUCGACCACCGCUACACACACUAACCGGGGCUGCGUUCCCAUGCUGUCUGUGCAAGAACGUAGCUGUUCCUCAGUACCACCUAGCAAUGGUGGAUGGCACCAUCAGGAACUUUUGCUCCUUUGAUUGCGUUUCUACUUUCAGGAAAACAGGGCAUGGUGGAUCAGAGCUGAACAAUGGAAAAUCUUCUCCAAGGGAUGCCUCGCGACUUGGGCCCUCCUCCAGAGCCAGCUCUGUCCCUCCCAUUCCUCAGGACUACCCAUCUUCAGCCCCCUAUCCCAGCCACCAUGGAAGUAACAGCUCAGUGCCCCCUUUGGUUCCUCCGUCGCUAGGCUUGACCUCAAAUUCUGUGCCAGGGCAAGGCCAUCCCCGAACACCUGCUGCCCUUUCUGUAAAACCAGCAGAGGGUGGACCCAACGAUAGCCCCAAAGUGACCUGCCAUCAGUGUACUAAACAGUUCAUCACCAAGCCCUUGCUUUUUGGCCACAAAGAUCAGAUUUCUGUGUUCUGCUCCAUGGUAUGUUGCGACGUGUAUAAAACAGUAAACAAUAUCUUGGUAAUGUGUGAAGUUUGUAGGAAGGACAUGGUGCCAUUUGACACAAUCCAUUAUAAUGGGAAAGACAUUUUCUUUUGCAGCAAACACUGUAAACAAAACUUCAAAAUCUGCAUAACGUCCCGGAACAAGGAUCCACCCUGCCGUCCCUGUAGCUAUUGCUAUAGCAUUAGCCAAAGAAUGUUGCAUAGUCACUAUGGAGGCAAGCUAGAAGAGUUCUGCAAACCCCUCUGCAUGUCCCAGUACACUGUACUCUAUUAUGGGAUGGGUCGAUGUGACAGUUGUAGGAAGCAGGGCUACUUAAAUGAGAAGCUGCAGUACAUGGGUUCAGUGCGGAACUUCUGCAACCUGACCUGCUUGCUUGGGUACUGUUCCCUGAAUUUUCAAUCCACCCAGCACACUCCCAGCAACGGAACUGGAGCAGAACAACCUCAUGCUCCAGCCCAACCUCACCAUUCCUCAAAAACUAACCCUGUCAUUGCUGAUGUUGUGUCACUAGCGAAUGGCUCUGCAACUCAGCCCAGCGUGCCGUCGGAUGUUGCAAUGACUGGAGGACUUUCAAACUCGAGUGUAGAUGGCAAGAUUCUUGAUCAUGCCAGUACUCAAACGGACACCAUGCGGGGCCCCCCAUUGUGCCGACGUCAAAUGAAGAACAAGUCCGUUCUCUGCCGGCCAUUCACAAUGGAUCAAGAGAGCUUAUGUCUACUUCUCGAGCCAUCAACAAAUUCUUCAGAUGAUAUCACAUCAAAUGACUCUGAAAAAGCUGUUAAAAAGUUGAAGACAGACCAGGAAACGGCUCCAUCCCCACCUUCAUCAAACUGCUCCACAGAAGAGGAACAAGUGAAGAUGCUGAUGGUGCCAAUUCCUGUACCAGUCUUUAUCCCAGUGCCGAUGAACAUGUACUCCCAGCACACGCCUGUUCCAAUGGCAAUGCCUAUAACUGUUCCAGUGCCGAUUGUUAUACCGCCUCAGAGUAAAGAAGUGACAGAUGCAGCCAUCCAGUUGGAUCCUUGGACCGAAGAGCCCGAGAAGCGGGAUAAUGUUGAGGAGCCCAUGGAACAGGAGGUCAUUCCCCCGGAUCCAGUGCCCGUUGUUGUUCCACCACAAAGAAAAGAUAUGAAAGAUGUAGCUGUCCAGUCAGAUCCUUUAGAACAAGUGACUGAAGAGCAGAAUCAGGCUAAGGUAGCAUCACAAAUCACAGAUGUGAAAGAUGUUGCUGUCCAGUCAGAGCACAUGGACGUGCAGGUUUCCUUACCCAUUGUGCUGCCACAGAGUAAAGAUGUAAAAGAUGCGGCUGUACAAUCGGAGCCUUUGAAUUUGGAAAAGCAAACUGAUUUGGCUGACCCCAAAGAAUAUCAAGUCACAUCCAAGGUUCUAACACCCAUUUGUAUGCCACCACUGAGCAAACAAGCACUAACUACUGCUGUCCGAUCAGAUGUUUUGGAACUGAAGACAGCUGCCACAGUCCAGUCGGACUCUCGUGAUGUGGAGACCGCAGCCACUGUCCAAUCUGAUCGUUUGUCUACACAGACUGCUGCACCCUUUCAAUCAGAUUCUUUGGAUGUGGAGACAGCUGCCAUUGUCCAAACGGAUCAUUUGGCGACACAGACUGCUACACCGGUCCAAUCAGAUUCUUUGGAUGUGGAGACAGGUGCCGCUGUGCAGUCGGACUCUUGUGAUGUGGAGACAGUUGCCACUGUCCAAUCAGAUCGUUUGGCUGCACAGACUGCUGCACCGGUCCAAUCGGAUUCUUUGGAUUUGGAGACGGAUGCCAAUGUCCAAUCAGAUCGUUUGGCUGCAGAAACUGUUGCACAAGUCCAGUCAGAUUCUUUGGCUAUGGAGACACCUGCCACUGUCCAAUCAGAUCUUUGGAAUGUGGAGACUGAAACAAAGAUGGAUUUGGAUGAUGCCAGCACAGGCCAGGGUAAAAGCACAACGUCAGAAGUGGCCGCUCCAACAAUCCACCAAGUUGAGGAGAGUCCUAACACAGCACAAACCAAAAUUCCUCCUCCAGUAACUUCACCAAGGAAAAAAGAGGCAAGUCGGACCCUACGUAGAAGUCAGCCAAAAGCUAAACCGACAACAAGCGAGAACCAAGACACGAUUAUUGCUGAACAACAGCCUCCCUCCUCUCCAAUGACUGAUCUGGAGUUUGACUUUCCAAUGGAUUUGUUUGAUUUGAAGCCAGCGACGCCUCAGCGAGGAGUGAAGAGGCCUCGAGAAGGUUUCUCUGGUCGAAAACGGGGUCGAAGGCGAACUGUCUCGAAAGAUCGCAGCGCUGUCGUGCCUCCAGUCAGCUUCAGUUUGAACUACAUGUAUGGCGUUAAAGCAUGGAAGAACUGGGUGCAGCUGCACAACACGCAUUCCAAAAGAUCUAAUCCAGUCAUUAUCAAAGAGGAGAUUCUUCAGUGUGAUUCUGCUGAGCUGAGCUACGCUCUGUCUUGCUUUAUCAAAGAAGUGCGUCGGCCGAACGGCGAGGCUUACAGCCCUGACAGCAUCUUCUACCUCUGCCUGGGGAUACAGCAGUAUAUCUUCAUGAAGGGCCGUAUAGAGAAUAUUUUCACGGAUGAGCUGUACAGUCAGUUUGCAAUGGAGAUCUCUGGGAUGCUGCGACUCUGGAAACCUAAACAGCUGCCCAAUGGUAGCCCCGUGUCCUCUCGGGUUGAGGAGUCCUUCCUUUGGGAGUGUAAGCAGCUGGGCGCUUACUCCCCCAUCGUGUUGCUCAACACGCUUCUUUUCUUCUACACCAAGAACUUCCACUUCACCACCAUGGCGCAGCACCAAAGCCUCUCUUUUGCCAACUUCAGUUUGCACACAAAACCUUGCAGUCGAGCGGGCAAAGUUCUCUACCUCAAAUACCAGCGAAGCAGUACUGCUACUUCCAGCCGUGGAGAGACGGAGCGAAUGAAAAAAAGGCAGGAAAAGGAGGAGGGGGACAUGGAGAUAGCGGAAAAUGUUACAAACCCUCUGCACUGUCCUGUCAGACUCUAUGAGUUCUAUCUCUCGAGAUGCCCGCCAACAGCAUUGAAGAGGACUGACAUGUUUUACCUCCAGCCUGAACGCAAUGUCCAUACACACAGUUCCUACUGGUAUACCUGUCACACCCUACAUCAUACAAUUCUGCAGAGCAUGCUCACUCGCAUCUUGGCGGUUAAAGAAGUUCAGCGGUAACAGGAGGCAGCCUCCUCUGAGUCUCAGUUUACAGUGACAAGCCUUUUUGGAACGGGAAAGCGUUCCCAAGCGAAGAAUGAUCACAUGGACACACGCCAGCUCUUGGCUGGGUGUGAAGAAGCAGGCCGCCAUGCCAUUGAAAGACACACAAUGGAGAUUUGUCAUCAAGACUAUGAUUGGACUCUUUGUUGAGCUUACCUGAUUGAAUGCCUGCCUCCUUCUCUGAUCGACACUCCUCCAGGCUGCAGGCAUCUGCUAUUGUUUCAAAUGGGAAGGGGAAAAAAAGCGUUCCGGUCUGUUUGAUUUCUCCUUUUCUCAUUCCAGUCACAAAUUUGAACAUCGGUUUCAAUGGUGGUUCAUUGACUUGAUUCUCGCAGCCCUCUCAUCACGUGCAGUGUGACAUUCUAUGCAUUGUACAUGCAUCCACACUGUGCUACACUGCUGCUGUUGCUGCUGUACCGACGCUUCCACUCGAAGAUCUCACCCCCUCCCGCCACCACCAUCACAAAAUUUUCAGCAUUUUUUUGGGCAUCAAGCAUCAUGGACAGCUGACAGUGGCAAAGGAUUACAUCAUCAAAAAAUGUGUGGUUUUUUUUCAUAUUGUCAAUCAAACUUCAUUGAAGACCAAACUCAAAAUACCAGUAGUCAUCAUCGCAUAACUUCAUCAUAGCUUGACUUCCGUUUGACAUUUGUGUUUUUGAUUAUAUUCUCUUCAUGUUACUAAAGUGCUAAAUCUGGAUCUAUUGAUGCAGUAGUAUCAUUAUUAUUAUUUUUUUUUAUAAAAUAGCUUGUGCAGUCUGAAAUUUUAGCAGCAUGAUGCCAGCACCGAGAGAUGCGAUGAAAGUUUUUGAAUCGGUUCCUUCAGUUCAAUUUCAGAAAAAUGCUUGAUAAAAUUAUUCACUGACUUGUUUUGUUUUGGUCACAUAAAGUUUUUGACAAUAAGAAAAUUCAAGUACUGUAAUGUCACCAGCUACAUAUUGAAUGAGGUGAUGUGACACGAGAGGAAACUCAGAGUGCCUCUCAUCCGCUUUGAUGAAUGCGUCACCUGACGUCCUUCCCAAAUCAUUCUUUUGUCCCUUUUGUGGCCUUAUUUAGUGUCAAAUCACCCCAUCAAUGAUUCUUUCUAUCCUUGGAAUCUGCCUGUUUUUCGUGCAGUUCUCCCUCAUACUCCUUGUAUCCUGUAUAAAGCCAUCCAUUCCAGUAUUCAUGUUCGUUUGCUCCCUGUAAUGGUGCCAUUGUUUUUCUUUCAUGGGAGUGAAACCCUUUUUUUUCCCACUUUCACUUGGCUUUGCACUCUUAUUGAAAGAGAAGCAUAUUUUUUUUGUUUUUUUUUAAGUCUGUAUAAUGGUCUGUAAGGUUAAAAAAAAAAUUUAAAUUGUCAGACAAUAAAUAAGCACCACGUUUUUUUUAGGGUCCACCAAAAACUAACGGUGACAGUAAUUUCUACUCAUUCAUAUUCUGAGCAUUGUCAGGUGACCAAUAACAUUUGUUAAAAAUAUUAUUAAAUUAAAAAAAAAUAAGUAAAA